UGCUCGCGGGCGGGCCGGGCCGAGCCGGGCCGGGCCGAGCCGAGCCGAGCCGAGCCGCCGGCAGCAGCGCCCGGCAGCAGCAUGUCGCCGCUCCGCGUCUGCAUCGUGGGCUCGGGGAACUGGGGAUCAGCCAUAGCAAAAAUCAUUGGCAACAAUGUCCAGAAGUCCAACAGAUUUGAUCCUGUCGUCAAGAUGUGGGUAUUCGAAGAGAUCAUCAAUGGAAGAAAACUCUCAGAAAUAAUCAACAGUGAACACGAAAAUGUGAAAUAUCUUCCUGGUUACAAGAUACCUAAAAAUGUGGUGGCUGUACCAAAUGUGGUUGAAGCAACAAACGGGGCAGACAUUUUUGUAUUUGUUUUACCUCAUCAAUUCAUUGGACGAAUCUGCGAGCAGAUUGCAGGCCAGAUAAAACCCGGAGCAUUCGGGAUUUCGCUGAUCAAAGGGAUUGAUGAGGGUCCUGAAGGCCUGAAGCUCAUAUCUGACAUCAUUCGAGAGAGACUGAAAAUAGAAAUCAGCGUGCUGAUGGGAGCCAACAUAGCCAAAGAAGUGGCUGAUGAGAAGUUCUGUGAAACCACCAUCGGGUGCAAAAAUGAAAAACAAGGGCAGAUCUUUAAAGAAUUAUUGCAGACUCCGAAUUUCAGGAUUACUGUGGUGGACGACUGCGAUACAGUGGAGAUCUGUGGAGCCUUAAAAAACAUAGUAGCAAUAGGAGCCGGGUUCUGCGAUGGACUGGAUUUUGGUGAUAACACCAAGGCAGCAGUUAUACGCUUAGGCCUCAUGGAAAUGGUGGCCUUUGCAAAGAUGUUCUGCAGGGGACCAGUAUCAAUAGCCACUUUUCUGGAAAGCUGUGGCGUUGCCGAUCUAAUCACUACCUGCUAUGGGGGACGCAACAGAAAAGUAGCAGAAGCCUUUGCUCGCACUGGAAAAUCCAUUGAGGAACUGGAAAAUGAGAUGUUGAACGGGCAAAAACUACAAGGUCCUCAGACUUCAGCAGAAGUCUACAAGAUCCUGAAACAGAAAAACAUGCUUGAUAAGUUUCCAUUAUUCACGAGUGUCUACCAGAUCUGCUAUGAGGGCAGAGCAAUCCAGGAUUUCAUCUCGUGUCUGCAAAAUCACCCGGAACACAUUUAGAAACAUACUCCACUUAUCUGGUUGCAUACUCAUCUUUUCAGGACUUCUACCCACUCCACAGCAAAUAAAGUAGACAAAACAGUUUGUGCGGCAAUGCUUGCUGUAAAAGCAACACAGAAUGUAUUUCAGUAUCCUCAUUUUGGGGGUAAAAAAGAAAAUCUGCCUUCAAUUUCAGCAUUAUAUCCAAGCAAGAGGAAAUGAAUGGAGAAUUUAACUGUAUUUGAUUUGGGUUAGUAAUUUGGGCAUUAGUCCAGAAUUACUUUCUUGUUGAUUAAAAACAGUUCACCAUGUUAUUUCCCAUAACGAAGUUCAAUAUCGCUCACAUGAGGCUCAGCAUUUUGCCUACUAACAUUGUUGUUAUAGAAACAGCACAAGAUGCAGAAAGUUUGAAGAACUCCUCAAAACAAAAAUCAAAAGUAGUUAAAAAAAAGUCUGACAGCAAUAAGGUGCAAUAUAAGAUGGGGGCAAACAUGAUUUUCCAUAAUUCCCCCCAAACACAAAUAGCGUGACAUUUUGUAUUUUGUGACAUCCAGUCCUCCCUUUUGUUUCCCAAUGUAAGCCUCUUUGAGGAAAAAGGGGUAUUGUUAUUGUGCUCAGACAUGCAUGAAUGUUCAAUAGAUGUAAAAUGAAACAAUUUGGGGAGGGGGGAAGAAGGGAAAGGAGGACUUUUUUUUUUUUUUUUUUUUUUUUUGAAUCAGGACACUCAGGAUCUUCAGAUUCUUCAGAGUAUAUUCCCUUCGAGUACAGAUAAUUUUUUUGGACUAACCAAAUACAGUUAUCUUGGUGUACGGAUUUCUUAACAAGUAGUACUACCUGAGAGAGAACUGAAGGAGAGAUUGACAACUAAGGCUUAUGCACAACUCAGCUUGCAUCCUGUGCAAUGCUGUUAUUUUGCGGACGUGAGAAGUGAAAAGGCCUCUGUGAUACUUGACUUUUUAUAAAUGCACAAAAACGACUGCUAUAGACGCACAGAAUUCCUGUAAAAUUACAUUUGAAACUGGGCUGCUUUUUAAUUCCCCCAGAAAACCACUGGACAGAAACCAGUUCAACUCCAUGCAUCUUUCCAUGGACUGCAAGAGACUAAUGCCCUGAUCCUGCUGUAGAUUAAGCAAAGCAUCACACACUACACUCCUGAAGUGAGAUGUCUCUGUCUACUUCUGAAUUUUAGACACAAACUGGUUCAUAGACCAGGUUUUAAUUUUGCUACUGAUGGCACUAAUUUUAGAAACAAAACUUUUUAAAUCUGAUAACUGUACUUAGGUAACUUUACAUACCUGAUGUUUUUCAGAGUUAAAAGCCAUCUAUGAAAUGAACAGUGGCGCAUUUUGUAUGCUCUAAUACACCUUUGAAAGAUUCAUAUUUAGAGAGGAGGGGAACAAAAAGCAAGAGUAAUCUACUUUUUGCUUUGCUUCUAUCCUAUUUUCCAAAAUACUAGUGGGGAAGGCAAGUGUUUUCAGUCUCCAUGUAUUUACUGACUAAAAAAAGUAAUAAUAAAAACGUAGAUUAUAGAAUCCUUCCCACUCUGCAUUUUAGAGGAAUGUUAUUAUGUCUUUCACAUUUACCUGAGUAAUAUAUAUGAAUGUAUUUUUAAAUCUCAGUCUUACAGCUAGCAAAGCUAGCUCAGGUACCAGAAACUGCGUUUGUAGCAUCACAGAGCUCUGCCAAACAGGAAUGAAGUUUUAGCCCACGUGAAGACUCCAAGCUGGAGGAGGUGAACUGCUCCCCUACCUGUGGCAGGUCACAGCUAACAGAUCAGGACUCUACAGUGCAAUGUAAAUAUUCCUUCAGCUGAAAUGGGAAUCGUGUGGUUAGGUCUUUUAUACAGGACUAGAAAACAAAAACACAAAACAAAAACACCCAUGCAGCAUCUUCCAUUUCAAGGGGAGGAAAAAAAAGACUUAAAUAUUUGAUAAUCUUAAAUAUCAAAAACAUGAGGGUGGGAUAGAGAAUUUGGGAACCUCUCUAGUUCACAGUCAGGCUGAACUUCUGAAAAGUCAUUUAUGAUCUAAUAAUAAUACAGAACAUUCUACAUUCAAAGUGUAUCAAGUAUCAGUUUAAUAAUAAAGUGAUCAAUAAAUGUGACAUGAUGUAAUUUCAUUUUUCCAAAUUCUCAUAAAAUAAAUGACUGUUGUAAUAA